ACGUAGCAUCGACACCAACUAGACUGCACAAAACUCCUCACACGCCUUACGAAACGCUUGUAGUUAUUCUUACGCCGCCAUGUCUUCUCUGUCCGCUUUUACGAAGCCGGAGCCCUACCAUCUCCUCAGCUAUGGCACGCUCCUCGGAAGCACCCUCUUCCAAUCCUUCGUCGGUGGAAUCAUCGCCUUCCGCGUCUUGCCUCGGCCGCAAUUCUCCGUCCUCCAAUCGCACAUCUUUCCCGUAUACUUCACGAUGCAGACCGCUCUGCCAGUAGUGCUUGCAUUGACUUACUCCGGUGGUCCCAAGCUGUUGACGCAGCAGACACUUCCGGCAUCACUCAUAGGGACUAUGAUCGUCACUGGCGUGAUCAACUGGGUAUGGAUAGGCCCUGAAACAACCAAAUGUAUGAAGGAGCGGAAACACCAGGAGACGCGCGAUGGAAAGAAGAGCUAUGAUGCCGGCCCACAUAGUGCGGAAAUGCAGCGGCUGAACAAGCGUUUUGGGACCCUUCAUGGCGUGAGCAGCUUGCUAAACUUGGCUGCGUUCAUUUCCACGAUUUGGUACGGUUUUGUACUUGGGGAGCGGCUAUAGUCUCGAGCUGCAAAUUGGCGGUAUCAUAUACGACUGAUGCUUGUGCAGGCACGAGCAGUUUCGCUGUGGAAUCGAUGGAUAGCUUAUGCUUUCCAUCACGGCGUCUCGCAAAUCAACAUGUCCAUAUUCGCUACUGUCAUUCGUAGCCUCUCAGCCUCCCUUCUGUGCAAUGCUCACUCCGGCAAUUCUAAGGCGACCUCGCGCCGAUUGGAU